AUGUCUCAAAAUGGCUUAUCAACCAUUCUCAAAGCAAGUUCCCUCGACUUGACCCCAUACGAGGAUCUCUACAAAUAUUUCCACGCCAACCCCGAACUCUCCCUCCAGGAGAAAUCCACCUCUGAAAGAGUCACCGCCCAUCUAGAGGCACUCAACGCCUAUGAAAUCCACACUCACAUCGGUGGCUACGGUCUCGCAGGCGUCCUCCGAAAUGGCCCCGGGAAAACCAUCCUGCUGCGCGCUGACAUGGACGCACUCCCCGUCCAAGAACUCACGGGUCUCCCCUAUGCAAGCUCGGUCACCAUGCGUGAUGCCGACGGAAAUGAAAAGUCGGUGAUGCAUGCCUGCGGACAUGAUAUGCAUAUGACUUGUCUCCUGGCUGCGGCCGAAACUCUCGCCAAGAUGCGAGAUAGCUGGAGCGGCACGCUCAUCGUGCUCUUCCAGCCUAACGAGGAGCGCGGCGGUGGUGCCCAGGCUAUGGUCGAUGAUGGAUUGUAUUCGAAGAUUCCUAUCCCGGAUUACGUCUUCGGUCAGCACGUCAUGCGCAUGCGUGCUGGGAGCAUUGGUUCCCGACCGGGCACGAUCAUGGCCGCGGCUGAUAGUAUGAAAAUCACCGUCUUUGGCCGUGGUGGUCACGGCUCGCUGCCCCAUCAGACGGUUGAUCCGGCUUUACUCGCGGCGCAUAUCGUCGUCCGACUACAGAGUAUCGUGAGCAGGGAGGUUGACCCUAGUGAUCUAGGCGUCGUCACGGUAGGAAGUCUCCAAGUCGGACAGGCCGAGAAUAUCAUCGCAGACCGGGCGGAAAUCGGACUCGACUUUCGAACUGUGAAACUGGAGACUCGCCAAAAGAUUCUCGCUGCGAUCCAGCGCAUCGUCGAGGCUGAAUGCCUGGCUAGCGGGUCACCCAAACCCCCCGUAUUCACGCCCACACGCCGAUUCCCACCCACGGACAAUGAGAAGCAAGUCGCGGCUGAAGUGGCCGCAUCAUUCGAGCAGCAUUUCGAAGACUUUGAUAAUGAUACACCACGUACCAACGUGAGUGAGGACUUUUCCAACCUGGGUCGGUGCAGAGACAUUCCAUGCUGUUUUUGGCUGUUUGGUGGGAUUGACCCCGAGCUUUGGGAUCGGGUACACGGAGCAGAGAAUCCCAGUGAGGAGAUUGCAGGGAAUCAUUCGGCGCGAUUUGCACCUGUGAUUCAACCGACGAUGAGGGUCGGUGUGGAUGCUUUGUGUUUGGCAGCGUUGACGUUUUUGAGGAAGUAA